CUUUGAUAGUUUCUUCUGCUCCUUGGGCACCUGUGUGUAGCAUUUGAAUUAUCUAGAUUUUGUUACUCAGAGAUUUUGUAAGAGCUGGUACAUAGUAAGUUAUAGAGGAUGGCUUACAUGACAAUAACAGCAAGUAGCCAGAGCCUGCGUUUCUUUAGCUUUUCUUCUUCUCAAGAAUGCAGGAGUGUGAGGAGUUGUUUCAAAUUGACACCUUUUAACAAUUGUCAUGGAGCAAAUUUGAAUUUGCCCUCACUGGGUACAUCUAAUGGUGAGAAUUAUUGGCAUCUGAAACUUGGGUCAUUGACAUACAAAAAGCAUUCAGUGUCCUCUAGAUCCGCAGGGACAGUGACCCAGUUGGUUACAGAGGAGGAGAAGAGGCAGACUGUUGAGUUUGAUUUCAACAAUUACAUGAAGUCCAAGGCUGAGGCAGUGGACAAGGCACUGGAUAAGGCAAUACCAGUUGAAUAUCCUGAAAAAUUACAUGAAUCAAUGAGGUAUUCUCUUCUAGCAGGAGGUAAGCGUGUGAGGCCUGCUCUUUGCAUUGCAGCAUGUGAACUCGUAGGAGGGACUCAGGAUCUGGCCAUGCCAACUGCCUGUGCAAUGGAGAUGAUUCAUACCAUGUCUCUGAUCCAUGAUGACUUACCUUGCAUGGACAAUGAUGAUUUCAGAAGAGGAAAGCCCACAAACCAUAAGGUCUUUGGUGAGAAUACUGCUGUUCUUGCAGGGGAUGCUCUUCUUUCUUUUGCAUUUGAGCAUAUUGCAGUGGCUACAAGCAAGACUGUUCCUAGUGAUAAGAUUUUGAGGGUGAUAUCAGAAUUGGGUAAGACAAUAGGCUCUCGAGGGCUUGUAGGAGGGCAAGUUGCUGAUAUUACCUGUGAGGGAGACUCUUCAGUUGAUCUUAAGACUCUGGAAUGGAUUCAUAUACACAAGACUGCUGUGCUCUUGGAAUGUUCAGUUGUGAGUGGAGGGAUUCUUGGUGGUGCUACAGAGGAGGAGAUUGAGAGAAUUAAGAGGUAUGCUCACUGUGUGGGACUUCUGUUUCAGGUAGUGGAUGACAUACUUGAUGUCACUAAAUCUUCAGAAGAAUUGGGUAAGACUGCAGGGAAGGACUUGCUUACUGAUAAGGCUACCUAUCCCAAGUUGAUGGGUCUGAAGAAAGCAAAAGAAUUUUCUGCAGAAUUGGCCAGCAGAGCCAAAAAAGAGUUAUCUUGUUUUGACCCAUUGAAGGCUGCACCUUUGUUGGGCCUUGCAGAUUACAUUGCAUUCAGGCAAAACUGAUCAACAGAAUUUUGAAAAUGUGCUGCUUUUCUUUUUUGGGUCUUGCAGAUUACAUUACAUUCAGACAGAACUGAUAAACAGAACUGUGAAAAUGUGCUGUUUUUCUUUUAAAUGGUCUAAAAAGUAGGAAAUAAAUUAUUUUGAGUUUGUAUGAUCUGAGGGUCAAUAU